AUGGCGGUGGACCUGCAGCGCCUGCGCCACAUGCUGCUCGCCACCGGCGGCGGCCACCACCAGCUCGCCGGCCGGCCGGGCGCCCCCACCGCCGUUAUGACUGGGCCUUGCUACGGCGCCGGCGCGACGGGCCAGCAGCUUGGGUGCCAGCCGUACGCGGACGUCUUCACGCCGCCGCCCCCGACGAUGUCGGCCGCGGACCAGUACUCGGAGUUGCUGGCGCUGGCCGCGGUCGAUCUGCUGAGGAAGGGCGACGGCGCCCAGGAAAUGACCUCCGGCAACAAGCGGAGGCGCGUCGACGAGGGGGCGUCCUCGUCGGUGCUCGGCCAAGUCCUUGCGGCCCACGCGCAGCAGCAGGCCGUCGCCGUCGACCACAUCCUGCACAGACAUGCGAGAAAGAUGUGGGCUGCUCUGGCGGAGCAGCGGCGGAGCCACCUGCGGCUCAUCGUCUCCGCCGUGGAGGCCAGGGCGGCGAAGCGGCUCAAGGCCAAGGACGACGAGAUCGAGCGGGUCAGGGGCAUGAACUGGGCGCUGGAGGAGCGCCUCCGGAGCCUCUACAUGGAGGCGCAGAUGUGGCGCGACGUCGCGCAGUCCCACGACGCCGCCGCCAGCGUGCUCCGCGCCGACCUGCAGCGGGUGCUCGACGCGCAGGCGGUCCGCGGCGGCGGAGACGGCCAGGACCAGGACGACGCCGAGUCGUGCUGCUGGGGGGAGAACCAGGCGCCCGUCUGCGCGGAGGAGGAGGAGGCCGAGGUGGGCACGCCGGCCCCGACGGGAGUCGGAAGGUGCAAGGGGUGCGGCGACGGCGCGGCCGUCGUGCUGCUGCUGCCGUGCCGGCACCUCUGCGUGUGCGCGCCGUGCGCGGCCUCGGCGCAGGCGUGCCCGUCGUGCGGAUGCGCCAAGAACGGCAGCGUCUGCGUCAACUUUUCGUGA